AUGAAUGAUAAAAAAAUCCUCAUGUUGCAAUCUUUAUCAACCUCAAAACUAAGCCAGACCUUCAGUGAACUUAACUCGUCACCAUAUUCAAAAGGUCUGAACCAUAAAAGAAACCAGUCGUCAAUAACCAAGCUUCCACAAGAAUUAAAGCGGACAAUUACCCUGACUAAACUAGCACAAAAAGAAUCAAUCUCACCGGUAGCAAAAUGCAAUUUAAGCCCUAUUAAGAUCUCUAAUGGGAAAUCACCUAUGAAUUCUCAGAAACCCAGAAAUAAGGCACUGUUAUGGGAUAAUCUUAUUAAUCCAACGAUUUUGGAAAAAAUCAGAGCGAAUUAUGAAGAAAAAUUGAAAAACUGUGAAAUUAGAACAAAAACAUUUUUGGUUAAUUUAUAUUGUGAAACGUUGGAUGAGAUUGUGGUUUCGAUGCCAGCUUUAAGCAUCCUAAAAGAUAUAAAAUUCGGCCUGAAAAAUAUUUUAGACGAGGAUUCACCAGGAAUUGCGAAUGGUGACUCUAAAAUAGAAUUUAAAUUAAAAGCUCAAGCAGGAACUAUUCAGCAACUUAAAAAAAAUAAAUUAGAGCUUGAGAAGAAAUUGAUUAUUUUGAGUAACGAAAAUGUGGAACUCUUACGUCGCCAUUCGUAAUACGCCAUUAUUGAUUUUUUCAUUGGAGAUUUUCUUUUCAAAAACAUUUUCAUUAAUAAUAUUUAAAAAUUUUAUAAAUUUUUUUUAAAAGUUUUCAAUGAAUAAAGAGAUAGCGAAAAUUGAUACAAUAUCGAAUGAGCUGAAAUAUUUAAAAGAUUUCCAAAAUGAUCAACCAAAAUCACAGCAUAUACUAAACUCUCUUAUGGAAGAAACCAAAAGAAAAGGCGAAAUGAUAAAAAUUUUGAAUAUCGAAAACCACGAGCUGCGAUUAAAAGAGGCUAGAUUCUUAAAAACAUUAAAUACAAUGAAAUCUCAAGGAAUCAAUAUUUCAGCUUAUCUAUCCUUGCCAAGAAAUGAUUUUAAUAAAAAUAACGAAAAUUCUGACUCAAAGGAUAAGUUUCCUUUGAGAUUUUUAACUAUGUCAUCAGAGAAUAAAGUUUCGAGUGAAAAUAUAUCAGAAGAUGAAAGCGAUAAUUCCAUUGAAGAGAAAUGCUUUAUGAAGCAAAAAUCGUUGGUGCCUGAUUUAGAUAUAAAAAGAGUUCGGUCCGACUCAUUUUUGGAGCUUUAUGAAAGCUAUGAGGUUUCGGAGCAACCAUGAAUAAGGCGCUAA